UUUUCGCUCCUCUGCGACAUUUCGCACCUAAAAGUUGAUUUAAAUUUUGACAUAUUUGUUUAGACUUCUAGAUUAAUUUCGAUAUUGACAUUGACCAAAGUAAUUAAGCUUAGCGAAUUAAAUAAUAGAUUACCUACAUAAUGCCAAUUGCAAAGUAAUUGCGAUAUUUUAUGUGCAAUUAUGAUAAUAGCAUCUUAAUCAACUGACGGUGCUUAAGACCCCAUUAAUUUCCAAUAUCAUUGGGAAUUUAUAGGUCCACAUGCUGAAGAAUGGCAUAGGUUUAAUGGGUUGAUAAUGACAUCUUAAUGAUCAGGGCGCGAAAUGAUUCAGGCAUUAACUAUAAGAUACUCCAUCAGGGCCAAUUUAUCGGUUAGUUUAACACUUGAAUCGUUUGAAGUUACACCGAUCAUGUCGUUUGUUACAUCAAGUAGAGAUGGUAGGAAAUUUAUUGAUGACAAUAAUUUUGUGUAUGUGUUUUCGAAGAAAAGUGCAAAUAAAGAAAACUCUAUAUGGGUUUGUGAAAAAAGAGGUCUAUGUAAAGGUCGCAUCUGGACAAUAGCUAACAGAGUAGAAGUUGUCCGUAUAGUAACACCUCACAACCAUGCUGCAGAAGCAACAAGGGGUCCAGUGUUAAAUAUUCUGAGUCGUGUGAAAGAGCGAGCGCGUGAUACAGAAGAAACUCCUCAGCAAAUAUUGGCAACGAAUCUGCAGAAUGUGCAUAGGAAUAUUAUGGCGAAAUUGCCGAGACAGGACGCCAUCAAACGUACAAUUCGCCGACAACGCAAUCAGCAAGGUCUCCCGGAGUUACCAACAGAUCUGGAACACUUGAAUAUUCCCCUACAAUAUCGUGUAAUUGAAGUAGAUGGCUUGGAGCAACAGUUCCUAAAGUACGAUUCCCAAGACACUCUGCUACCUGAUAGGAUAUUAAUUUUUGCCACAGAUGAUAAUUUAAAUAUGCUAAACAGAAGUGAUAGCUGGUAUGGAGAUGGAACAUUUUCUGUAGCUCCAAAUUUAUUUUUUCAAUUAUAUACUAUCCAUGUUGAGCAAUAUGGAACCGUGACACCUGCCAUUUACGCCCUGCUACCAAACAAAACCAAGGAAACUUAUCAGAAGUUACUCCAACAAUUAAAAAAUUUGAUACCUGGGCUGUUGCCAACUAGGGUACUGCUUGACUUUGAAGCAGCGGCAAUGGGAGCAUUUUCCGAAGAAUUUGAAGGCAUUGCGGUAUCCGGGUGUUUUUUCCAUUUAUGCCAAAAUGUAUGGCGAAGAGUACAGUCGGAGGGAUUACAGAUGUUAUACCAAGGAAAUCAUGAUUUUGCUCAAUGGGUGCGGAUGAUCCCAGCCAUUGCUUUUGUGCCUCCACAUCGAGUUUUGGAGGCAUUUGAUGAGUUAGUGGAGUAUGAAAAUUUUCCACCAGAGGCCCAACCGAUUGUGGAUUAUUUUGAGGAUAUCUACAUCGGCCGCCGUGCUCGCAGACAGAGACGUCCACCCAUUUUUUCUAUUGAGAUGUGGAACAUGUACCAACGUACUUUGGAUGGCCGCCAUCGAACCAAUAACAACAUUGAAGGUUGGCAUCGAGGUUUCCAAAGUGUGUGUGAUACUUCACCAAAUGUUUUUAAGUUCAUUGAAUCUCUGAAAAAGCAGCAAACAAUUCAUGCUUACCAAAUUAAUCAAUUUAUAACUGGAGCACCACCACCGCGACCAAAUAAACGCUACGCUACUAUUUCGGCUCGUAUCCAUGUAAUAGUUAAUGACUACGAUAAUAGAAACAUUAUAGAUUAUUUAAGAGGAAUUUCCAAUAAUUUUGCAUUUUAGUUUGUAACUUUUUUUAAAUUUUCGUGUUAGCUGGUAACUGUUUGAAAUAAAUCUUUUAUAAAGUA